AUGUCUACCAUGGAGAAGAAAGAUAACCUCGGCGGGGUUGUCGUCCAGAACGAGGACGCGAAGCCCUACGUUGACGAAAUUGAUAGCUCGAACCGUGACUACUCAGGUGCUGUGCUGGUGCUCAGCCCCGAAGAGAAGCGACUGGUCAGAAAGCUUGACUGGAGAAUCAUGCCCGUACUAUGGCUCAUGUACUGGCUCAACUACCUCGACCGAAAUGCAAUUGCCCUUGCAAAGCUCGACCACAUCGAAAAGGACCUCAAAAUCACCCCUACACAAUACUCUACCUGUGUUUCCAUUCUGUUCGUCGGCUAUAUCCUUGGUGGAAUCCCAUCCAACAUGUUGAUUACACGGAUUCGACCUUCGUAUUACAUGGGAUCUGCUAUGGCUCUUUGGGCUAUCGUGUCUACUCUGACGGGCAUUUCUAAGAACUUUGUUGGGUUGCUUCUGACAAGAUUCUUUUUGGGAGUUACUGAAGCUCCUUUCUACCCUGGAGCCCUUUAUCUUCUUUCUAUCUUCUACACUCGAAAGGAAGUCGCUACUCGGAUUGCCAUCCUAUACACCGGUAAUAUUCUCGCCACCGCAUUCGCUGGACUCAUCGCCAUCGGUAUUUUCAAGUUAGACGGAGCUGCUGGUCUAGAAGGAUGGAGAUGGCUCUUCAUCCUGCAAGGUAUCUUUACAUUCGUUGUGGCGAUUGUCGGGACCUGGUUUCUUCCUGAUGACCCAACUGUCACCCGCUGGCUCACACCGGAAGAGCGAAUCUUGGCAAAUGAGCGCAUUAAGCGUGAUACCGUCGAAGAGAGUGGCAAGAUCUCUACUAUCAAGGGUCUUAAGGAAGCUCUUAGCGACUACCGAGUAUGGAUCUUUGUGUUCAUGCAGCAUAUGCACUUGGCCUCCAAUGGUUUCAAGAACUUUUUCCCGUCUGUGGUCCAAGGUCUCAACUUCAACCGUACUAUUACACUCGCUCUAACAUGCCCACCGUACCUGAUUGCUGGUAUCAUUUCUGUCUAUUGGUCAUGGUCUUCUGGACGCUUCAACGAGAGGACUUGGCACAUCACUUCCGCGAAAUGUGUUGCCAUCCUCGGUUUCAUCCUGGGCUUCGCCAUCAACAACACUGCCGCCCGUUACGUUUCUAUGAUCAUCUUCGCUGUUGGUACAUAUGCUGUAAACAGUAUCAUUCUCGGCUGGGUUGGAGCAACAUGUGGUCAAACCAAGGAGAAGCGUGCUGUAGCACUCUCGAUUAUCGUCUCAACGAGUAACGCAAGCUUCAUUUGGACUCCGUAUCUCUGGACAAACGACUAUGGAGGAAGAUACACCUUGGCAAUGGCGACAUCCGCUGCUUUCUCUUUGCUCUGCGCGCUGGCCGCUUGGGGCAUGCGAUUCGCACUCAUGCGUGAGAACAAGAAGAUUAAGCAAGAGACGGAGGAUGAGUCUGUGCUUUACUAUGCCUAUUAG